GCCAGUAGCGGCCCGAAGGCGCCCGCGGCCGGACGCUCCCACGCCACAGGGCAGCUGAACAGGAUGGUAGCCUGGCGCUGAGAUGUCGUCGCCCCUGAGCCGCCUGGGUCUGGGACCCCGCGGUCAGCCGAGGACUCUGCGCGUCAUGGUUCUGGGCCAGGCCGGCGUUGGCAAGUCUGCUCUGGUGGUGAGGUUCAUUACGAAGCGCUACAUCGGUGAGUACGACCCGACACUGGAGAAGGUGUACCACUUCCAGACUGUGAUGGACGGCGAGGCGGUGCUGUUCGAGAUCCUGGACACCGCUGGACAGUCGCACGAGAGCGAGUGCGUGACGCUGGAGGCGAACAUCCGCUGGGCCGAGGCGUUCGUGCUGAUGUACUCGGUGACGGACAAGUGCUCCUUCGACGAGUGCAACCGGCUCAAGUUCCUCAUCAACUACAACAAGCGCCGGCGCCGGCUCGGGCCCGCCUCGCACAAGGAGCCGGUGGGGGAGGCGCCGGUGGUGCUGGUGGGCAACAAGACGGACCAGUGGGGGGAGCGCAUGGUGAGCCGAGAGGAGGGUCUGCGCCGCUGCCGGGACACCGCCUGCGCCGCCUUCCACGAGCUCUCCGUGCGCGAGAGCAUCGAGCAGGUGUGGGCGGUGUUCCGGGACGUGUACCGGCUGUGGCGGCUGCACGCCAAGGGCGCCAGGCUCUGCCGCUCACGCAGCGAACUCUCCUCGGCCGCCGCCGUCGCGCUGCUGGGGCGCCGGUGGACCGAGGUGGAGCUGGACGAGGAGGGGGAGGCGGAGGCGAGCGGCGACCAGCCGGCUGGGCGCGCGGCCGCUGACGUCACCGCGGACCCGUUCCCGGCGUUCCGCGCGCGAGCCUCGACGGACGGCCACCUGCUGUCGCGGCCGCGCCUCUGGAAGCUGCCACACCCCCACAACCAGCCGCGCACCGAGCGCCGUAUGAGCAUCUCCAUGCGCGGCAACAACGCCAGCUGCUGAGCCGCACUACCUGCGUGACGUCACCAGCCUCAGGAGGCGGCCAGCCAGACAGUGGACACUCUAGAUGAUGACUGCAACCGGCUCCAAACACAGCUUUCAGCUGCACAACUAGAAACUGCUAUCCCUCUUCCAGUUGCAGUUACAGGGGCAGUCAUUAAGUUUCUCAUCACCAUGAAAGAAAUCACUAUCCUGGACUUCGCUCAUUCCAUCGUAAUCGUCACAUAAUGUGACGAUGAUGAAUGAACUGGGAAACAUUCUGAUGAAAGCAUUCCUCACUUUGUUGGCUGAAAAACUGCUCUGUUUCUCCUGUUACCUUUUUGUCGUUCUGGGAGUGCCAGAGCGCUGCUUUUCGACUGUUUAUUGUAUAGAAGAGUGCAGAUAUUUAAGCACCAGGGCCUCCAUUUCUGUGACAGCUCCUGGUUCCUAAAUGAGAGGCUCAUUUACCCACACUGCAAACGUCAGCGCUUUUACCUACAGAGUCAUACAACACUGACAGCCAUUUUAUCACGAAUGUCAGUGGCAUAUCUUCUUAACAAACAAUAAUAAUCCUGGAAAAGCACAAAUCAUCAUUCGAGCUCCCAUGUCUCAUGCCAUUCUAAACUGUUGUCCGUGAUUGUAUGAACUAAAUGACCACACCUUGUGCUUUCUUACUAGUGUGUAACGUGGCGCAGACAACAUUAAACUUGAGAACAGUAGUAGUUCCGUACCCAAAUUUGUGACAAGACCAAUUAUGAUCUCAGUAGAACCAUCGUGAUGUGUAUGUUUAUGCAUGUGUAUGUAUGUGUGUGUGUGUGUGUGUGUGUGUGUGUGUGUGCAAUUCUUCAAUCGAUGAACAGUAAUCUAAGUCUUAGUGGUCUGUCAUUAACUUCUGCCUCUCACUUAAGAAAAUUCUGACAGUCUCGCGAGUUACUGUAGCGCAUUAAAAUGCUACGUUUUUCUGUUCUCCAAUUAAGAUGGUUCUUCAAGUUAAAUUCCUCGGCUGAUGAUUUGUACACAAAUGUCCAUAAACGAGAUGCAGUGUAACUGGUUAGGAUUUUUUUACCAUUUUCAGUUAGGAAUUUCUUAGACAAGAUUACAGUAAUACUGCUGUAUCACUAAUUUGAUCUUUUGACAGGUAAGCUGAAUACUUGAGGGUGGAACAAAUUAAAGAUGGUUUAAGCAUUUUUUCUGUUUUUCAUUAGAUUGCGGGCACUGGUGCCCGGCAUCUGUCUUGAAUCACCAGGAAAAAAUGCGCGCUUCACUUUCAUAUUCCACACGACUCAACAAUCCUUCUGCGUUGGUCUCCCGUCGAUAUUAUUCAAAAUUUUCUUGCGCUGUGGGCUUGGAAAGUUCUGGUAGCGAAGGGACAGGUCAAUGUGGAUGUACCCAGUGAAGGCAUGGCCUAUUACAAAUUUGAACCAUUAAUGAGGUUCAUUAAUUGUAAUACAUGUUGACCUGGUGUUGGCGAAUAGAAAUUAAGUGAAUACGGACAAUGUUAUUAGAAUCUUUAAAUACGAGGAGAAAAAGACAGGGUCUGCCAAUAGUUAGUUAUGGGUGUUAUUUUUGUGUAAUCGUAACACUCAACCAACAAAGAAAAAUGAAUCAGCAUUGUGAGACAAUUGUGAAUUGAGGCAACAUAUAGUUCUAUGUUUUUAAAUCUUUAUUGAUAUGUCUCCCUUGUGUUUGAGUCAAGAAUCGUAUACGAGACUUCCAUAAACAUUUGUACCAUAACUGGUAUCGUUUGUUACACAGUAGUAAACUGGUGUCACAGUUUUGAAAUUCCAUGUUGUCAACUUUUGAUAAACACGAUACUAGAAUGUAGUUAAUGAAUUAGGAUACAUUUGUUUUAUUAUUUUAAAUAAAAUUAUGAUACGGUUUUUUAAUAA